AUGGAGGCUUCACGCAGGCUCCUCUCCGCGGCGCUCCUCCUCGUCCUGCUGCUCGCCGCCACAGGGGAGCUGGGAGGCCCGGUGAUGGUGGCGGAGGCGCGGACGUGCGAGUCGCGGAGCCACAGGUUCAGGGGGCCCUGCGUGCGCAGGUCCAACUGCGCCAACGUCUGCAAGACCGAGGGCUUCCCCGACGGCAAGUGCCGCGGGUUCCGCCGCCGCUGCUUCUGCACCACCCACUGCCACCAUUAA